AUGAGGAUAUGCAGAAGAGAUCCAAUUCAGACACAGGGUGGUAGUAUGUGGUAUGAUGGGAAGGCUUCUGAAUUUGACACAAAAAGGAGAACAUCAACUGAAAGCAAUGAACCCUGUGAAAAGAAGACUAAGACACGACAAAUUACUCUAGAAGACAUCUGUAACCCAUUGAAGACUCAGGAUAAAAAACCUCAGAAGUGUGAAAGGCCCCGUAUAUGUUUGCAAACUCUAGACAGACUGAGAGAAUUCUGCAGUGAUUCAGACCAGCAGUGUAACAGAGUCCGGGAGGAUAGUUUUCGGGAGAAAGAAUCUCUGAUUUUGGAAAAAUGUCCCAGUGUUAUUGGGAGGAGUUCAGAAUUGAAAAACCCUCUUCAGUCUUGGGACACUAGCCCAAAGGUUGCUCAGAAGGAGGAGUUACGCUGUGAUCUUAGUCAGUUUUCUGCAUCUCUCAAGUCUUACGAAAAUACUCAAAAUACUGUAGAUACAAAUCUUAAUAAGAGAACCAAAAGCAUUUAUACUCCACUAGAACUUCAAUUCAUAGAAAUGAAGAAACAGUAUAAAGAUGCUGUUUUGUGCGUGGAAUGUGGAUACAAAUAUCGCUUCUUUGGAGAGGAUGCAGAGAUCGCAGCUAAAGAACUGAACAUUUAUUGUCAUCAGGAUCAUAACUUCAUGACUGCCAGUAUACCGACUCACAGGCUGUUUGUCCAUGUGCGGCGACUAGUAGCAAAAGGAUAUAAGGUUGGAGUAAUAAAACAAACGGAAACUGCAGCACUGAAGGCUGCUGGAGAAAAUAAAAGCUCUCUCUUCAGCCGGAAACUGACUGCUCUCUACACAAAGUCUACCCUUAUUGGAGAAGAUGUGAACCCUUUGCUGAAGCUAGAUGAUUCUGUAGAUGUUGAAGAAGUAACAACAGAUGUCCCCGAUAACUACCUGCUCUGUAUCUGUGAAAAUGGAGAAAACUUAAAAGACAGGAAGAAAGGUGACAUUGUUAUAGGCAUUAUGGCCAUCCAACCAACUACUGGAGAAGUAAUUUUUGACAGUUUUCGGGACUGUGCAUCUCGCUUAGAAUUAGAGAGUCGGAUUUUGCGCCUGCAGCCAGUUGAAAUAGUACUUCCAUCUAGCUUGUCAGAUCAAUCUGAAAAGCUCAUCAACAGUAUAACCUCCAUGAGGCUACGGGAUGACAGAAUUAGGAUAGAAAGGAUGGAAAACCUCCAUUUUGAAUACAGCCAUGCUUUCCAGCUGAUUACUGAUUUUUAUGCAAAAGAAGUGCAUGAUACUACAGGUCCUCAAAAACUAUCCGUAAUACUCAGCUUGGAUAAGCCUGUUAUUUGCUCCCUGGCAGCAGUAAUUGCAUACCUCAAAGAAUUUAAUUUGGAAAAGAUGCUUUACAAUCCAAGCAAUUUCAAGCGGUUGUCAAGUGAAGCUGAAUACAUGACAAUUAAUGGGACAACAAUGAAAAAUCUUGAAAUUUUACAGAAUCAGACUGAUAUGAAAGCAAAAGGAAGCCUACUUUGGGUCUUGGAUCAUACUAAAACUUCCUUUGGACGUCGGAGAUUGAAGAAAUGGGUAACCCAGCCCCUCAUGAAGUCCAGUGAAAUAAAUGCCCGGCUUGAUGCUGUGUCUGAAAUUCUGCUGUCAGAAUCCAGUGUGUUUGGUCAGAUUCGAAAUCUUCUUUGUAAGCUGCCAGAUAUAGAGAGAGGCCUCUGCAGUGUUUUUCACAAAAAGUGCUCAACCCAAGAGUUCUUCUUGAUUGUCAGCACCCUGUCACGUCUGGACUUGGAAAUUCAAGCUCUUGUUCCAGUCAUACAUUCUCAUGUGAAAACUCCUCUGUUAAAGAAUACACUGUUGGAAAUCCCAGAACUUCUCUCCGCAGUAAAACAUUAUUUAAAGAUCCUUAAUGAAGAAGCAGCCAAGACUGGAGAUAAAACCCAAUUGUUCAAGGACCUUACAGACUUCCCUGUCAUCAGAAAAAGAAAGGAGGAGAUCCUGGAUGUACUUUCUAAAAUCCAAUUGCAUCUGCUGGACAUUCGUAAACAGAUUAGGAAUCCUUCUGCAGAAUACGUUACAGUUUCUGGUCAAGAGUUUAUGAUAGAAGUCAAGAAUUCCCAUAAAUCAUCCGUGCCAUCUGACUGGGUUAUGGUUAGUAGCACAAAAGCUGUCAGCCGUUUCCACUCUCCUUUUAUUAUAGAAAAUUACAGACAUCUGAAUCGGCUCCGGGAGCAACUAGUCCUUGACUGCAGUGCUGAAUGGCUAAAUUUUUUAGACCAUUUUAGUGAGCACUAUCACCCUGUGUCUAAAGCGAUUGGUCACCUAGCAACUAUCGACUGUCUGUUCUCAUUGGCCCAGGUGGCUAAACAAGGAGACUACUGCAGACCAACUGUGCAAGAUAAUCGGCGAGAAAUAGUUAUAAAAAAUGGGAGGCACCCUGUGAUUGAUGUACUGCUGGGAGAACAGGAUCAGUACGUUCCAAAUACCACUAACCUCUCAGGAGAUGGUGAAAGGGUCAUGAUAAUAACUGGACCCAACAUGGGAGGAAAGAGUUCCUACAUAAAGCAAGUUGCAUUGAUCACAGUUAUGGCACAGAUUGGUUCUUACGUUCCUGCAGAAGAGUCGACAAUUGGUGUUGUGGAUGGUAUUUUUACCAGAAUGGGUGCAGCAGACAACAUUUACAAAGGCCGAAGUACCUUUAUGGAAGAACUAACAGAUACUGCUGAGAUAAUAAAAAAAGCAACUUCAAGAUCACUAGUAAUUUUGGAUGAAUUGGGAAGAGGAACUAGCACCCACGAUGGAAUUGCUAUUGCUUAUGCUACACUCGAACAUUUUAUUAGAGAUGUGGAGUCACUGACACUGUUUGUCACCCAUUAUCCCUCUGUUUGUGAGCUGGAGAAGGUGUACCCAGAAAAAGUUGGUAAUUACCACAUGGCUUUCCUGGUGAAUGAGGAGGAAAGCACUGAACAAAAAG